AGUGUUUAUAGGAAACUGAAUAGAUUAGCUUGGAAUCUGUUGUGCCGACUGCGCUUUCAGUUUCUAGCGACGAGUCACAACUCAGCGGAUAACUGUGUCACAGGAAGCGCUUUUUAUUUGUUUUUAGUUUUCUGAACCUGGAAUUAAACCCCAGAUACACUUUAGUUAAAACAAAGCGGGAGAGAAGAGAUAUAGCCUUCACACGUCGGCGACGGUAAGCUGAGCUAAUUAGCUAACAGUAGUUUGCUGCCUCUCCGACUUCCGAGGAUGUCUUAUAGGAAAACUAUACAACUCAUUUGCGGGAUUGCGGGAGGCUCUGUGGCCCUGGUGUGCGCCGCUGCCGCUGCAGACUCCCGCGGAUACUUCGGGGAGCAGCACGGAGAGGCGGCCACACGGUGGUCGAGAUUUUCCGUUCUUCGCGCUGCUCAGCCGGCGUGGACACCUGCCAACCCCACACCAGCUCCGACAGGACACGCCUGGGAUUUCAACUGGGACAAGAGAGACCCUUCCGUCGUGGCCAAUGGGAAGAAGAAGGAGAAGAAAUCUGAGGACCUCAGCUCUGAGCAGGACAACAGCAAACCCAAAGCUACGCGCAACAUUCUCCUCAUCAGACACUCCCAGUACAACCUGAGUGGGAACACCGACAAGGAGAGGAUCCUUACUCCAUUAGGUCGUGAACAGGCUGAAUUGACGGGCCAGAGGCUGGCAGCGCUGGGACUGAAGUACGACGUCCUGAUUCACUCCAGCAUGUCCAGGGCCACGGAGACGGCUCAUAUCAUCAGCAAACACCUUCCAGGUCCAGGAGUGGAGCUGGUGCGCUGUGAUCUGCUGAGGGAGGGCGCACCAAUCGAGCCUGUACCUCCGGUCUCUCACUGGAAGCCUGAAGCUGUGCAGUACCACGAGGACGGGGCUCGCAUCGAGGCAGCCUUCCGCCGCUACAUCCACCGCGCCAACCCCGAGCAGAAGGAGGACAGCUAUGAGAUCAUCGUGUGUCACGCCAACGUCAUCCGCUAUUUUGUGUGCAGGGCCCUGCAGUUUCCUCCUGAAGGCUGGUUACGCAUCGGCUUGAACAACGGCAGCAUCACGUGGCUCACGAUCCGACCCAGCGGCAGAGUCGCCCUCAGAACUCUGGGAGACGCGGGAUUCAUGCCGCCUGACAAACUAACACGGACCUGAUGACCGCACACAAACACGCAGAGUAAAGUUUUGGGACUCCUUUUAAAUCUCAGUUUUCUCAUUAAGUGUCUUGAAAGUUGAUUUUGAUGUUAAUAUUUGUAAUUGAACUGUAAACUGUCAAAUUAUCAGGGACUCUGUCAGUGGUGUUGCGUCCGUGCCAUAGGAGGCAAGAGGUCGAUAACGGCAACACGUCCUGAAUGUAACUGAGACUUUUUUACACACGAGGGGGAUUUUUAAACCAAAACUGAGGUUGUAUUUGUAUAGCUGUUGUAAAUGCAAGUCGUGCUGUCAGCUUUACCUGUGAUCACAGAAGAGAGAAUCGUGUUGUACAGUGCAGGAGCCAAAGUGAAUAAAGUACCAUUUUUGAACGCCA